CUGUGACUGUGAUGCAAAGUCUUCUCUUCUACAGAACAAGAAAAACACUGCAAGUCAGGGCUUCGUUCACGAAAGAGAAGCGUCUGUGACAUUUGCGUUAAGAAUUUGGGAUAUCAUGUUAUACACAUAGUGAAGGAAUAGCAGAACACAAUAAUGGCGUUCUCUGCAGAGGAUGGAGACACCCCCAGUUUCGAUAUUACAACCAGUGAAAAGGUGGUGGAUCUUCUGAAUCAGGCUGCCUUGAUAGCCACAGAUGAAAAGCUAAUGGUGCUCAAACAGGUCCAGGAGCUUAUCAUCAACAAGGAUCCCUCUCUACUUGACAAUUUCUUAGAUGAGAUAAUCGCCUUUCAAACUGACAAGUCCAUUGAAGUGAGAAAGUUUGUUAUUGGCUUCAUAGAGGAAGCAUGUAAACGGGACAAUGAGCUACUCCUUAGGCUGGUUGCAAAUCUGAACAUGUUGCUCAAAGAUGACAGUGUGAAUGUAGUGAAGAAAGCCAUUCUUACGCUCACACAGCUAUACAAAGUUACGCUACAGUGGUUGGUGCGAUCCAAAGCAGUGUCAGACAUGCAGGAAGCAUGCUGGGAUUUGGUUACGCAGAUGAAAGGAGAUGUCUUGGCAUUGCUGGAUUCUGAAAAUGAUGGAGUGCGCACUCAUGCAAUCAAGUUCACGGAAUCGCUUAUCAUCACUCUGUCACCUCGGGUUCCGGACUCUGAUGUCCCCAAAAGACAGGAGAGUGACAUCAGCUUGGACAAAGUACUCAAAGACCACACAUACAUUCGUUACGAUGUUUUGUGUGAGGAAGGAAAGGCAGCAUUGGACAAGCUUCUGAAGUUCAUGGUACAUCCUGCCAUAUCCAGCAUUAACCUGACCACAGCACUUGGCUCACUGGCCACCAUCGCUCGUCAGAGGCCUAUGUUUAUGUCAAAGGUGGUGCAGGCAUAUGAAACAUUACACGCUAAUCUGCCACCUACCCUAGCGAAGUCUCAAGUCAGCAGUGUGCGGAAGAAUCUGAAGCUGCACCUAGUAGCGGUGCUUAAACAUCCCUGCAGCCUGGAGUUCCAGGGUCAAAUCAGCACCCUGUUGUUGGAUUUGGGUAUGCCUCAGAGUGAAAUAACUCGCUCCACCCCAGCAGUGAGAGAACAGCGAAAGAGGUCUCGCCAUGAACACUACACAGACGGCAAAAAGCUCAAGAUAGAGCCGACUCUCAUCGAAGAUGAUGAAGACAAAGAGGAGCCGGCUCCUCUUUCAGCACCCAAGCCUGCUCCUGUCCCAGUGGCACAGUCUGCCAUCGACCUAACUGCUGACUUUCUGCGCCCGCUUCUCAACUCUGAGAAUGUAGCCAAUCUGGUUCUCAUCAGUAUGGUAUAUCUGCCUGACAUCAUGCCAGCAUCCUUUCAGGCCACUUACACGCCUGUUGAAUCAGCGGGCACUGAUGCUCAAAUUAAACAUUUGGCCAGGCUGAUGGCUACGCAAAUGACUGCAGCUGGGAUCGGUCCAGGACUGGAGCAGUGCAAAGCAAGAGAGAGCGAUGCAGGAAAAGGGGAUACAAAUGAGGACGGCUCUGGCACCAAGGACAUGCUGAUCAAGCGCAAAGUUCCAGUGAUAGUGGGGCAAGCCAUCUCUGUAGUGGGAGAUUACACUGAUAAAGAAAAGGCUUCAAACCCUACAGCAGUCAAGAGGCUUCCAGAGCCCAUCCUCCCUUCGGCACAAACCAAACUGGCAGGUCCAACAGGGAGGAAAAAAGUCUUCAGAUUGUCAGAUGUGAUCCAGCCUUUGUCCGACACACAGAUCGAACAGUUGACCUCCAAGACCAUAAAACGCAUUCUUCAUUCAGAAAAGACCAUUGCUCAAAGCGGCAUGUCCCAUGUCAGAGUGAAGCUCCUCUCCAAGCUGGUGACACAAUUUGAGGGCAUAAUGAAAGAUGAUGUGCUCAAGUUUAUUCUGGAUGACAUUAGGACAAGGAGCGACUUAGCCUUUUCUCUUCUUUAUCAAGAAUACAACACCUACCUCAGCCAGAUACCUUCUGGUCUGCUAGACAGUUACGACCACUGUCUUUUCACUCUUCUGUCAGGACUGCAAGAGAAACCCGAGCAAAAAGAUGGACUUUUCACCAAACUGGUACUUGAGGCUCCCAUCAUAACAGAGUCAGCACUGGAAGUAAUCCGACGAUACUGUGAGGAUGAGUCAAGGGUGUAUUUAGGCAUGACUACUCUGAAGGAACUUAUCAUCAAACGCCCUUCAAGGCAGUUUCAGUAUCUGCAUGUGCUUCUGGAUCUCAGCUCCCAUGAAAAAGAGAAGGUGCGAACCACCGCGUUGGCCUUUCUGAAACGCAUGUAUGAGAAAGACCAACUGAGGGACUACAUUGAGAAGUUUGCCCUGAACUACAUGCAGCUUCUGGUCCACCCAAACCCUCCUUCGCUGCUCUUUGGGGCUGACAAAGACACAGAGGUGGCGUCCCCCUGGACUGAAGAGACAGUCCGUCAGUGUCUUUUCCUCUACUUGUCUCUGCUGCCUUUGAACCACAAGCUGGUGCACGAGCUGGCAUCAGUCUACACCGAGGCCAUCGCUGACAUCAAGCGUAGCGUGCUUCGAGCCAUAGAGCUCCCUAUCCGUGGAAUGGGGAUGAACUCUCCGGAGCUGUUGCUUUUGGUCGAAAACUGCCCAAAGGGGGCGGAGACACUGGUUACUCGCUGUCUGCACAUUUUGACAGAUAAAGUCCCGCCGUCUCCAGAGUUGGUGGAGAGGGUGCGCGACCUUUACCAUAAACGAGUCCCUGAUGUUCGUUUCCUUAUCCCAGUCAUCAAUGGUCUAGAAAAGAGUGAAGUUAUCCAGGCCCUUCCUAAGCUGAUCAAACUCAACCCUAUUGUCGUAAAGGAGGUUUUUAAUCGUCUCUUGGGAACCCAGCAUAGUGAGGGAAGUUCAUCAGUGUCCCCUCUUACACCAGGAGACCUGCUGAUUUCCUUACAUAACAUAGACUCCACUAAAUGUGAUAUGAAAUCCAUCAUAAAAGCAACCAACCUUUGCUUUGGGGAGAAGAACGUGUACACAUCUGAAGUUUUGGCGGUGGUGAUGCAGCAGUUGAUGGAGCAGAAUCCCCUUCCCAUACUUCUCAUGCGAACUGUCAUCCAGUCUCUCACCAUGUACCCCCGACUAUGCGGUUUCGUCAUGAACAUCCUGUCCCGUCUUAUCGUCAAGCAGGUGUGGAAGUAUCCCAAAGUGUGGGAAGGAUUUGUGAAGUGCUGCCAGAGGACCAAGCCUCAGUCAUAUAGCGUGCUCCUGCAACUUCCUCCCGCACAACUCACAAGUGUGUUUGAACGCUGCCCAGAGAUGAGGGAACCCCUUCUAUAUCAUGUCCGCUCUUUCACACCACAUCAGCAAGCUCACAUACCAGCCUCUAUCAUGUCAGUUGUGGAAGCAAGUAAAAAACCAGAGCCACAACCUGUUGAGCCUGUGAGCAAAAAAGAGAUUGAACCAACUCCUGCCCCAGCGUCACCCAUUCUGGGAGAGAUGCCUGCAGAAGAUGAGCCGGAAGCAGCUGACCAACAGCAGAGCAUCGUCUUAAAUGAUGAGGAGGAGCCCAUGGAGCAAGAAAGGCCUGAUCCUGUGAGACACAAGGACACUAUAAAUACUCUUUCUGAGGUUGAGGUAACAAAAGCUGAGGGAACACAAACACCUGAAGCUGAAACAGAAGCUCAACCCGAUCGUGACCCUGAACCUGAAGAUGAACCUAAACCUAAUCCAGAGGCUGAUCCACAGCCAGAAGCUGAAGCAGAACCGGAACCUAAAGCUGAACUUCAACCUGUGCCACAGUCAAAUGAGGAGCCAAUGGAAACCUCUGAUUUGGUAGCUUCACACCAGGAACCAGUUAAAGAGGGUGAUGAUGGUGAUGGGCCGGAUGCUGUGAGCAGCUGCGAAGAAUUUUAAUGUCAAAUAAAUUCCCUCUGUUGCUUUUGUACUAAAUUUGUUUAAGGAAAAUGCAACGUUAUGAGGAAGUGUAGGAAAGUUGCUUGCUUACCUUUUUUUGCCGUUUCUUUGUAAUGUCAGAAAAUAAACAAACAAGCACACCCUCUCUGCUU